ACAAGUGGCCGUGGUGCUGCUCCUGGCCACUUCAGCACAUGCCAUGCGACGCAAGUAUGAAGCUCGCAAGCACUGGUGGGACCUCGCGCAGAACGAGUUGGCGGCCGCCCUCAACGUGCGAGACAACUGGAACGUGGCGAAGAACGUGAUCAUUUUCCUGGGCGACGGCAUGGGCAUCACCGCCAACACCGCCGCCAGGAUCUUCAAGGGCCAGAAGAAGGGCAUGAACGGCGAGGAGGGCUACAUGACGUGGGAGAGGUUCCCCAACGCGGCGCUGCUCAAGACCUACAACGUGGACAAACAGGUUCCGGACAGCGCAGGCACGGCCACGGCCUACCUGUGCGGAGUCAAGGCCAAUUAUUACACACUCGGCGUCGACUCGGAGGUGACCCUCGGAGACUGCGCGGCGGCGAGGAACCCGAUCUACCACACGCCGUCCAUCCUGCAGUGGGCGCAGGAGGCUGGCAAGGACACAGGUUUUGUGACCACGACCCGAGUCACGCACGCCACGCCCGCGGCCCUGUACGCCCACUCCGCCCACCGAAACUGGGAGUGCGACGGCAAUCUGGGUCAGAUGGGCAUCGGCUGCAAGGACAUCGCGGAUCAGCUGGUGUCGGAAAACCCUGGCAGGAAUAUCAAGGUGAUCCUCGGAGGCGGGCGCCAGUCCUUCGGCGCCAGCACGGGGCCCGUGAAUAAGGACACGUGCAUCCGCCGCGACGGCCGUGACCUUACCCGCGAGUGGCUCAGCGACAAGGCGCAACAAGGUCAUAGCGCUGCUUAUGUCACCAACGCCGGGGAAUUGGCCAACGUCGACGUGGACGACACGGACUUCCUCCUGGGUCUGUUCUCCGACACGCACGUCCCGUUCGAGGUGGACCGCGUGAACAGCCCCGCCGGCUCCCCCUCGCUCACCCAGAUGGCUACCAAGGCCGUCAAGUUCCUCCAGAAGAACGACAACGGAUUCUUCCUCCUGGUUGAGGGCGGCCGCAUCGACCACGCCCUGCACGACAACCUGCACCGCGCCCUCGAGGAAGCCGUCGUUGACAGUGCAGUCGCCGCCGUUCUCGAGGAAGUGGAUCUGGAGGACACGCUGGUGCUGGUGACGGCCGACCACUCUCACGUGAUGACGAUCAACGGGUACCCUGAGCGUGGGAACGACAUCCUCGGUAUGACUGGUGACAUCUCCAAGAUUGAUAACAUGCCCUACACGACGCUCAUGUUCACCAAUGGGCCCGGUUUCAACUACACCACCGACGGCAGCAGGGUGAUCCGUCAGGACCCCCGCACUGUAGACACGCGACACGUGAACUACCGCAGUCAGGCCGCCGUGCCGCUCCCGCCCAUCUCCGAGACGCACGGAGGAGAGGACGUCGGAGUCUGGGCCGCAGGUCCGAUGGCUCACCUCUUCCACCGCACUCACGAGCAACACUACGUCGCCCACGUCAUGGCCUACGCCGCCUGCGUCGGCCCCAGCGCCGGCAAGAGGUGCGAGAGGCCAUCACACGCCACCUUCACCAGACCGCCUGUGCCACAGGCCGUCGCCACAGCCUCAGCCACAGCCACGUCGUCC